AUGCGGGCGCACGGCGUCUCGGAGCCCGAGAUCUCGGGCGUGCUCGGCGCGCUGAUGGCCGUGUUGCACCUGGGCAACGUUGCCUUCGCCGCGCCGCCGGGCAACUCCGAGGGGUCCGAGGCCGUGCGGCGGGGCGCCUCCAUGGCCUCGCUAGCGCACGCGUGCCGACUGCUGGGGGUGGAGCCGGCGAGGCUCGAGGGCGCGCUGUGCCGGCAGACGCGGAGGGUGCCAGGCCGCGACGGGGGCACGAUCACGAGCCCGCUGCCCGUCGCGAAGGCCUCCGACAGCCGGGACGCCCUGGCGCGCCACCUGUACGGCGCGGUCUUCGGCUUCCUGGUGCGGCGCCUCAACGAGGCCGUCCGCGCCGCGGAGGCGGGGGGCGCGGCGGGCGACGAAGGCGAGCCAGAAUCCUGCCAGUCCUCCUUCAUAGGCCUCCUGGACAUCUUCGGGUUCGAGUUUUUCGAGACCAACUCGUUCGAGCAACUCUGCAUCAACUUCACCAACGAGUUGCUGCAGCAGGCUGGCGAAUUUCAACGAGGUGAUCUUCGAUCACGAGGCGACGCUCUACAAGAGGGAGGGCAUCCCGUGGGACCCGCUGGACUUCCCCGAUAA